UCCUUGAUUCUAUGGGGAACGUACAUUUUCCUCCUCUCCAUUUUAUCUGCACAGUUCCCCAAGCUCCCCCAGUGUGGUAGACAAGUACUUAACCACUGGGUGUAUUAUGCCACAUUCUCAGAGAUGGAAACACAAAACCCUAGUUUAGUGAUUACAGAAGAGAAUUCAAUUUUUUUUAAUCAACAAAGCUUUAAAGCGUAGCACUCUAAAAGCCUUGUUGAAAUAAUUCAGGUUACAGUAGCUGCUUCUUUUAAAACUAAAACCAAACCUAGGGUACCAUCUGUCUUUCUUUUACAAUUUGAAUGUUUUGUUUAUUGUUCCCUUCAAUUGUCUGAAGUCAGGGGCAAGAGAUGAACACAGCCCAUCAUCUACUCACUCAGUGCCCCAGUUUUUCAUUUCCGUAUAGUCUUGCAUUCACUCUUUCUUGAGGGGAGAAAAGAUGGGGAAAUCCUGAGGGAUUAGUUCUUUUUCAGUUACCACCCCUGGAUAGGCAACCCCCAGCAUUGAGAUUUUCCUGCUGCCUGCCUUCUCUGUUUUUCCGCUAGUGGGAUGUUCCUGCAGAACAACAAAGCCGCUGCCUGCUCUUGAAAACAGCGUUUGAGGGGUUGGGGGAAGAAGUCAUAGAGGGAACCGCUGCAUUCAGGAAAUGAAGGAGGAAGCUUGAUUGAAAACUGCUUACAAAAGGCCUCCAAGCUGUCAAUAAGCUGUGUAACAAGGCCCCUGGGCCUCUGUCAUUCUUCUGCCAGACUGUAAAGCUUCCAGCCACACUCUCCAGCACUCCAAACUGCCUCCACUCAGUGGAGCGAUGGCACUCCAGGCCCUGCUAGAGACUGUAGAAUGUGGGGAGCAAGAUACAGUCCUCAAGGUGCUGCAGAUCUACAACCAAGAGAGGUCUCAGUGUUUCACGUUUGAAGAUGAAGAACGAGAAGAAAGGAAGAAGCUGGCAGUGUUCCUUAUCAAGUUCUUGGAGAGAGAACUCCAGCCAUCCUGCCAGGUCACAUGCUUGGAAAGCAUACGCAUCUUGUCCAGGGACAAAAGCUGCCUUGGCCCUUUCUCAACCAUGGAGAGCUUGAAGAUGCUAGCUAGGCAUGCUGGGAUUGAUUACACAGAUGAACAAAUUCAAGAGAUUCCAGACCAGGAUGUGAUCCUGGAGGCACUAAAAUGCCUGUGCAACAUUGUCUUCAGCAGCCGUGCAGCUCAGGAGCUGACCUUUGAAGCCCGGCUUGUGUUAGGCCUCACAGAUCGUAUCAAACUCUACAAUGAAAGAAACCUUCCCCAUGACAUCAAGUUUUUUGACUUGCGUCUUCUCUUCUUGCUGACGGCACUAAGGUUGGACAUCCGGCAGCAAUUUGCUCUGGAACUUCGGGGCAUUGGGCUGAUGGCAGAUACUCUGGAGCUUACACUAGGAGUGAAGUGGAUAGAUCCUCAUGAGGUGGCAGCUGAGAACCCUGGCAUGCCCUUACCUCGACAGGAGGCUGAGCUUGCCAUGGAGAUUCUGAAGGUGCUCUUCAAUAUCACUUAUGAUACCAGCAAAAGAGAAGUAGAUGAGGAAGAUGCAGCUCUGUACCGGCGCCUGAGUGCCCUCCUCCGUCAUUGCCUGAUGAUUUCAGCUCAUGGUGAGGACAGAACAGAAGAAUUUCACAGCCACACAGUGAACCUCCUGGGCAAUCUGCCCCUCAAGUGUCUGGAUGUCCUGCUGCUACCCAAAGUGCAGCCAGGCUCACUUGAAUACAUGGGAGUCAACAUGGAUGCUGUCAACGUUCUGCUGGAUUUCCUUGACCGACGCCUUGACAGGGGUCACAAGCUUAAGGAAAGUCUGACUCCUGUGCUGAACUUGCUGACUGAGAGUGCCCGGGCCCACCGACAGACAAGGAAAUUCCUUAAAGCUAAGGUGCUACCCCCACUGCGUGAUGUGAAAAAUAGACCUGAGGUGGGGAAUUUGCUGAGGAAUAAGCUUGUGCGCCUCAUGACUCACAUUGACACCGAUGUGAAGCACUGUGCGGCAGAGUUCCUCUUUGUUCUCUGCAAGGAGAGUGUGGCACGGUUUGUGAAAUACACAGGAUAUGGGAAUGCUGCUGGGCUUCUGGCAGCACGAGGUCUCAUGGCUGGUGGCCGCCCCGACAGCGAAUACUCUGAGGAUGAAGAUACUGAUACAGAGGAGUAUAAGGAAGCAAAACACAAUAUUAACCCAAUAACUGGGCGUGUGGAGGAGAAACUUCCCAACCCAAUGGAGGGAAUGACAGAAGAGCAGAAGGAGUUUGAAGCAAUGAAACUGGUGAACAUGUUUGACAAACUCUCCAGACAGCAAGUCAUCCAGCCAAUGGGUGUGACUCCAGAGGGCAAUCUCACUGCUAUCAAUUUAGCUUCAAUAGAUGAUACUGUUCAACCAAUACUGGAAGAUAGGGCAACACAUGACUCUGAUUUGGAAUUGGACUGAAGCUCUCCAUUUCACUAAAAACUUAGGGACUCUCUACUCUCCCUCCAUGGCCAGUGCUGUACCAAGAGACUAGUUCCAGAAAAGGACACUCUAUGAGCUGGACACUCCUUACCUAGAUCAGUGUAACAUCUGCCUUUUCUCUAAACCUUAUGAGUACUGCUUCCCCAGAGAGUUCUUCACAGUUUGAUUUCUGCCUUGGUCUCUUCCUCUCGGUGUCCAUAAGAACCUGACACAGCCUCAGAACUUUCUAGUAGAAACCUUUCGAAGGUUAUGUAGGAGGGAGAGGGAGGUGCAGUCUAAAUACACUAAGAGAGCUCUUGCACAUCAAACAUUGUGAAUGCAAAUAUUAUAUGUGGCAUACAUGCACAGAAGUGUAUGUGUGUUUGCAGAUGGGGGUAUGUGUUGAUAUGCCAAGCACAUCUGUAGCAACCAUGCUUAUGGACUUGUUUUUAAGAAUACAUGGAUACACUGUGAAUGUGUACACACAAAAGAUGUAACUGGAUACUAUAGCAAUGUGAGAACCAGGCUAAGCCUCCAUUCUUUAUAUAUAUAUAUAUAUAUAUGUUACAUUAAACUCUAUACAGCUGGUUGUUACCUGUGGAAUGUGUAGACACAUUAUGGAUAUAUAGAAACACGUAGGUAAGUACAGGUUCACCUCACAUGUAUACUUUUGCAUAUGUCAGGAAUAUGUGGGAGAUCUGAGAAAUAUUCUUUGCUCAUGCAGACAUCUAGGCUGAUGACUUGGGGCCAGAAAGCCUUUGGCCCUUAGAGUGUUUAUGACAUUGUAUUGUUUUCUUCUUUCUACCAUGUUUAGUUUUCUGAACUCACCUAACCCUUUGUGCUCUCCAGGCAAAAGGCAGUGACAAAUUGCUUGAUCACACUCGUAUCUGCUUCUGUCUCAUGUUUCCACACCACUCUACAUUCAGCUUUCAUGGGUUGCUCUUGAGUACUUGCAUCAUUCAUUCUGAUUUUAGAUUUUUCUAUUUAAAGAAGCAGUCUCAAAUUCCAGCUUGUUUCUGCUUUACCAACAAUUUCUGAACUUAGCACAAAAUAAAUUAAAAGUUUUCACUAGGAUAAAAUAAAUCUUCAGAUAACAA